CACUGUGUAGCGGUACAUGUUGCACGACUAAGCGCCAUGUAUCGCCACUCUAACGCCGUCGGUAUCGCAACUUGUUUCAAACAAACCGUCGCCGAGAGCAGAACGUGUCCGAAUAUCGUGCUCCCGCGUGUGAAGCUCUCGCUGGUAAGCCCAUCGGUCAGCACCAUCCAGGAAAUUUAAAUUGUGCCAUUCGUUUUCACGCCGAAUGAUAAAGUGCCGACCAGCCGGCACAGUGAUAAAUGUCAAGGCGAAAAAAUUAUUACAAGUGAUAUGAAUAGGAAUACGAUUUGUGCGACUCGUUCAAGAAGCAAGAAUGUUAACGUGCUGUGAUGAUUCGAUAGUGUAUGUGUUUGUGUGUGUAGCGCUGUGUAACACUUUAAAUAUUAUUGUGCACUGGUUGUAGCGUGGCUGUGUUGUUAAUGUCAUGUGCUUUGGUAGAUAAAAUUAUUGUGAAAUUUAAAAGGAAAGAAACGCUUUCUAAAGCAGUAGCGGUGUUACAGGAAUUAAAAUUACUUGAAAACAACCACUCCUGAGAGCCAACGUCGUGGUUCGAGCGCAACGAAACGCCCAAGAACAAAGAUAAAGUUUGUUUGCUCAUCGGUUCGUGCAUGGGCGCCUCUAAGCACAACUCGCCCACACGCAACGUCCCAUUAUUGGCCCAGUGCCUGGCGGCACUCACGCAUCAAUCCCGUUGCUUCGCCCGCACAACCAUGGAUCACCGGCCCUGAGCGCACCACCCGUUCCCGCUCGUUCCCGGCAUAUCCUCCCCCCGGUCCCACAGUGGAGUAGGCCCAACUGCUGGCUAACAUGAUGGAGCUAAGCCCGACGGUCGGCAGUAGUGGCAGCCUGCUCGCGGCCCUCAUCACCAACGGUACCAAUGGGCGUACCGGUUUACUGCACGAUAUCCUCGAUGGGCACCGUACGCUGCUGCACCAGCCGCACCAGCCGCAACAGCAGCAGCAGCAGUACUACAACCAUCCCCACCAUCAGCAGUACCAGCCGCAGUAUCUGUACGCGAACGAGAGCCUGUCCGGAUCCGUGCCCGAAUCGGCAAGCUACGGUACGGAUUCGAUCUGCAUCAUACUGCCGAUAACGAUCUUCUACUGCUUCAUCUUUGUGGCCGGCAUUGUCGGCAACCUGUCCAUCUGUGUCGUGAUAGCGAAGAACAAAUCGAUGCACACCGCCACCAACUACUAUCUGUUCAAUCUGGCCGUGUCGGAUUUUCUGCUCCUGCUGUUCGGUAUGCCGCAGGAACUGUACGGCACCUGGAACCCGUUCGCCUACCCGUUCAACCAGAUCGCCUGCAUCAUCAUGGGGCUGCUGUCGGAGACGGCGGCCAAUGCGACCGUGCUCACCAUCACCUCCUUCACCGUUGAGCGCUACAUUGCCAUCUGUCACCCGUUUCGGUCCCACACCAUGUCGAAGCUGUCGAGAGCGAUAAAGUUUGUGAUCGUCAUCUGGCUGGUAGCGUUCGGAUUGGCCACACCGCAGGCACUCCAGUUCGGUGUGGUGGAAACGAACACCACACGGCUCUGCACGAUCAAAAAUGAACACUUUUCCCACGCGUUCGAGGUGUCCAGCUUCCUGUUCUUCGUCGGCCCGAUGACACUAAUUGCCGUGCUGUACGUGCUGAUCGGGAUUAAGCUUCGCAAAAGCAAACUGCUCCAGGGCGUCAAGCGUGCAUCCUCGGACUACACCACACCGCCCCGGGGUAUUAGUGCCCAGUCCAGGGUCAUCCGUAUGCUGGUGGCCGUUGUGGCAACGUUUUUCAUCUGCUGGGCACCGUUCCACGCGCAGCGUCUGAUGGCCGUGUACGGUGUGUUUUCCAAGACGGAGAACGUGUUCUUCUACAAGGUGUACAUGGUGCUGAACUACACAUCCGGCAUACUGUACUUCCUGUCCACCUGCAUCAAUCCGCUGCUGUACAACAUCAUGAGCCACAAGUUCCGGGACGCGUCCAGGCACACCCUCAAGAUGAGCUGCUGCGGUGGCAAGCGCUCGAAAUCGGACGGUCAGCACCACACGUACAGUGCCGUCUCGCGGUACGGCGUUACCGGUUGCGGCUCGUUCAAGGUAAACUCGAACAAUAUGGCCUGCAUCGGCACCGGCAUCGGGCUCGGUACGGGCGGUGGAAACGCUGCCAGCAAACAGCAGCACCAGCAGCCGGGCAAUGGGACGGCGGCAACGCCCAACCAGUGCCAGCAGGAGUCGAACAUGUCGCUGCUGGCGAACGAAAGCUGCAACCGCGGCACGAUGCCCCCGAUCGCAAUACGGCCCACUUUUACGCGGGCCGAUUCGCACUGCAUCUCGAUCAGCAGCAGCCAGUCGACGACCGGCACCAAUGUGAGCAGCAACGGCAAGCUAAGCCGCAGCUCGAACGGUUCCCUCCGGCACGGUGGCAGUGCGCUCGAGCAGCCGACCGACCAUGCUGGCGGUGGUGGUGGUGGUGGCCGCUUGUCCACGAUAGCGGAGAAGCUGCGGCGCGGCACCAAGAAGGUGCUCGCCUUCAGCAAAUCCCCCACCGGUACGCCGAGCAAAUCGAUCGUCAGUGGCGCGUGUGCGGAGGUGACCAAUGGGCGGCGGAAGGCCUACCGGAAGCGGAACAGCUGCGACAGCGUCGACACCAACACGAUCAGCAACUCGAGCCUGAAGGAGUUCGACGAGGAGGAGUUUAGCAGCGCCGAGCUGGCCCGCUUUAUGGGCGAAGUCAACAGUGAGAUACGCUAGACGGGCCAUCCCCCCCGGGACGCUGAGUGCCACAUCAGUGGAAGCGACGGACUC